AUGGAUGUCGAUGGUGGUGGUGCGUGUGGUGAUGAUGAUGCGAGUGGUGGGACGCGGCGCGAGCGGGGAACGGCGGCGCGGAUGCGGCGGAAGACGCGGAGGGAUUGGAGCAAGGUGCCGGAUGCGGCGCUCCCGCGCGUCGCCGUCGUCGGGAGACCGAACGUGGGGAAGAGCGCGUUGUUCAACAGGCUCACGGGGACGAAGCGAGCGAUUGUGUACGAUGAACCGGGGGUGACGCGGGAUCGAAUGUACACGCGCUCGUACUGGGGUGAGAGUGAGUUCAUGAUGGUGGACACGGGCGGUUUCGAGAAUUUGCCGAGGAAUCCAGAGGGGGCGCCGAAGAUCGAUCGCGUCGGUGGCGUGGAGAUUUUACCAGCCAUGAUCGAAGCGCAAGCCGCGGAAGCGGUGAAGGAGGCGGCGGUGCUCGUGUUCGUCGUCGACGGGCAGGUUGGACUCACGGAGGCUGAUAGAGACAUUUAUCGCUGGUUGAGACGCUCGCACUCGGACAAGCCGCUGCACUUGGCGGUGAACAAGUGCGAGAGCACGACAAAGGGUGAGGAGCAAAUCAUCGAUUUUUGGCAGUUAGGUGACGUCACGCCGCUCGCCGUGUCGGCGAUCAGCGGCACCGGCACGGGUGAUCUUUUGGACAAUGUGUGCGCGACGCUUCCGCAGCCGCCGCAAGUCGGCGACGGCGACGUUCCGGAGGAGGAGGAGGAAGUACCCGUCACCCUCGCCAUCAUCGGUCGACCCAAUGUGGGCAAGAGCUCACUCUUGAACGGGCUCGCGGGCGAGAUGCGAUCGAUCGUGAGCGAUUUCUCGGGCACUACGCGCGACAGCAUUGAUACCAUGGUGGAGGAUAAGUACACGGGGAAGAAAUACACGCUCAUAGACACGGCGGGAAUCCGUCGAAGGACGCAAGUGAAAUCAGGAUCAGACGGCGCGGAAAAGUUGAGCGUCGGACGAGCGUUACAGGCUAUGAAACGCGCGGAUGUGGUGUGUUUAGUCAUCGACGCCACGCAAGGACCGAGUCAACAAGACUUUGUCCUCGCCGAGCGCGCGACGCAGGAAGGAUGCGCCCUGGUUCUCUGCAUCAAUAAGUGGGACUUGGUGGAUAAAGAUACGUAUACGAUGAACAAGUACACGGACGAGAUGCGGUUGAAACUGCGCGUGUUUGAGUAUGCGGAGAUUGUGUACACGUCUGCGCUCACCGGGCAGAGGAUUCAAAAGAUUUUAGACGCCGCCGACAUCGCGAGCGUCAAUCAUCGCAAACGUCUUACCACGGCGACUUUGAACUCUGUGGUACAAGAGGCCACUCUGUGGAAGCUUCCGCCGUCCAGGAACAGCAGGAAGGGGAAGAUUUAUUACAUUACUCAAGCUUCCAUCCGGCCGCCGACGUUUGUCUUCUUCGUGAACGACCCAAAACUGUUCCCGGAGACGUACCGUCGGUACAUGGAGAGGCAACUUCGCGAAAACAUCGGUUUUCCAGGAACACCCAUUCGUUUGCUCUGGCGUGGGAAGGGUGUCGAGAAGGUUGCAAAACCAAACUAA